AUGAUUUAUUAUAUUUUAAAAUUUGGGUAUAUUACUAUAGUUUAUAAAUAUUAUUUGUAUCAAAUUAAUUACUUAAACAAACGGGUUAUAGUAAGAACAACUCGUAUCGUUUUACAGUAAGGAAAUUCAUUUUAACUAAAUGCAAGUGAGCUUUCUGCUAAAGUAUAUAAUAAUCUCUUUUGUUUAAAUAAUAUAUACUUAUACUUUGGUUGUUUGUUGCUUUUAGUUGUCUAUAUCAAGUAUUUUGCAUAUGCAAUUAUCAUUCGAGCUAUUAUUUAAUAAAAAAAAUAUUAAAAAAUAAUGCUGCUCUCUUGUAUAUAUUUUGACAGCUUGUGGUAAUAUGAAGAAAACUUUUUGAAAGAAAGUUAUGGCUGCUUCGAAGCUAGAUAUUACCUAUCUUAAUUGCUAAUAUCAAAUAAGCAAGUGAUGUUAAAAAUUUUGAAAUUGCUUAAAUUUUUAAAUACUUAAUUGCGUUGGUAAUAAAUAAGAUAAUUUUAUAGAUAAAGAGUUGUAAAGUUGAAGGGUGUUCGUUUGAAUUGGGGAAGUAUGUAAUUUUAUUUAGUUGAAACAGAAUAGAUUGUCUGA